UUCCAGGUGGCAGGAUUCCAGUCACGUGGUCUUUCUUUGCACGCCAUAUUGCUUCUGUUCUGUCUUUAAACUGAAGAUUCAAUCCCUGAUCCACAAAGAUGGUCAAGGAAGACAGAUCUACCUGGAAGUCGAACUACUUCCUUAAGAUUGUCCAACUUCUGGAUGAAUUUCCCAAAUGUUUCAUAGUGGGUGCGGACAAUGUCGGCUCCAAGCAGAUGCAGAAGAUCCGACAGGCCCUACGAGGGAGAGGAGUUGUACUGAUGGGGAAGAACACCAUGAUGAGAAAGGCCAUUAGGGGCCAUCUGGAGAACAACCCAGCCCUAGAGAAGUUGCUGCCACACAUCCGAGGCAAUGUGGGAUUUGUAUUCAGCAAGGAAGAUCUCACUGACAUCCGAACUGUCAUCAUGGAGAAUAAAGUGAAGGCCCCUGCCCGUGUGGGAGCUGUUGCCCCCCUGGAUGUGACGGUCCCUGCCCAGCACACCGUCCUCGGACCCGAGAAGACCUCUUUCUUCCAGGCCCUUCAGAUUCCUACCAAAAUCACCAAAGGCACCAUUGAAAUUCUGAAUGCUGUGAAUCUGAUAAAGACUGGAGAUAGAGUUGGACAGUCCGAGUCAACUCUCCUCAACAUGUUGGGAAUCUCCCCAUUCUCAUAUGGGUUGAUCAUUGAACAGGUCUAUGACUCCGGCACCAUCUUCUCCCCCAUGAUCCUGGACAUCACCGACGAAGACCUUCGGUUCAAGUUCAUGCAGAUUGUGCGCAACAUCGCCAGCGUGUCUCUGAUGAUUGGCUACCCAACAGCUGCAUCCGCCCCUCACUCCAUUGUCAACGGAUUCAAGAGGCUUCUGGCCAUUGCUGUCGAGACUGACUACACCUUCCCCGAGGCUGAGCAGACAAAGGAAUACCUGAAGGAUCCAUCCAAGUUUGCCUCCGCUGUAGCUGCCCCAGCUGCUUCCGCAGGGGCCGAGAAAGUAGAGGCAAAGAAGGAGGAAUCUGAGUCGGAAGAUGAAGACAUGGGCUUUGGUCUCUUUGACUAAGGGAGAUAACUCCAGCAGGACUCCCAUCCAUCUCAGCCAUCUGAUGUCUUCAGUGCCGGCUUCAAGCCAUAUGGCCUGAAGAUAAUAAUAAACUUGGGACUGACAA